AUGUCCGACCUCUCAAAUAUUCUGAAUCCAGAGAAUAGUCGCAACCGAUCGCAUGUUGUACCGAUUCCGGAGACAGUAGGAUUCGCUAAUCCCAGCCCUCACGCUCCCGCACACCAGGAGAGAAGCGCGCCAGUCCAACGUUCCAAUGCUCAGAAACACUACGACCAUGCGCCGCAUCCGGAUUGCCCUGAUACUCUGGCCUGUCUUCCUGACACAGAUGGAAGACCUCAGCACACAUUACCAGUCAUUCUUCGCUGUGCAAUUCUAGGCAGUCCCAGGAAACGAUUGACGAUUCGCGAAAUUUAUGCCGCGAUGGAGGAGAAAUAUUCUUAUUACAAAACUGCUGGUCCUACAUGGAAGCAAUCAGUCCGUCACCACCUCUCUCUUAAUCGAUUAUUUGAGCGGCAGCCGCGACCCGUUACCGAUCCUGGCUUUGGGUCGUACUGGACAGUAAACCUUUCUGCUCCUCCCGGUACAAAGCGGCCCCGCAAAAGAGGUAGGGGGAACAAAGACGCAAACGCUUCUCAGAAUAACGCUGCCCAGAUUGGUGCUGCCGCUGUUGCCUCCCCUGCUCCUAUUCCCGCUUCCACUCCUAUCCACGGCCCUCCUUCAGCUGUUUUACACCAAGGUCCUUCCAGACACCCCAUUGUCAUGAACGGCCAUCCUGUCUCAAUGGUGCCAUCCAUACCUAGUCCCACACUCCUGCGCGCAGCUCCACCUCCAAUCUCUAUGGCAGUCAAACCAGAGAGCUUUGGCGAACCUUCUCAAAGGCCGGGGAGGCUACGGAAGUCGUCGAACGCCCGUGGUUCUACGCCAUUGUCUUCGCAUGAUGGGGAAGACGAUGAUGAGAGCAUUCGAUACGGAGACGCCCCUCCAGAAUCGGGCGAUGAUUAUGACAGUGAGGAGGGAUCAAUGAAUGGGCAAGGCGGCCCUUACGAUCGCCGCGACUCCCUCGGAAUCACGCCCUACCCUCCUCCACGAUCGGCACAAAUGUUUUCACUUCCCCCCAUCACAUCUCUUGACAAGUCAGCGUCAUCUUCCUCCGAUAACGUCGUCGAACGCUUACAAAAUGAAAUUGACACUCUGCGCCGCCAGUCUGCUGAAGCUGUUUCUGUGUCUUUACGACUAUCUGAACAGCUGUCACAGGCUCAGGCGGAGGUUUCGAGAUCAAGGGCAGCUGUCAGGGAUCUGGAGGAUAUGCUGCAUAGCGAAACCCUGCGGAGGAAGGACCUAGAGCAACAGCUUGCCGCAAAAGAAAGCGGGCGUUACAGUAACGUGGAGAAAUUCCUGGCAGGACCUCCUUGCUCACCAGAUCGCAUUCGACAAACGUCCUGA